AUGCGUGCUGAUGCGUCCAGAAUAGGUUGCGCAAGCAAGAAAUGUUCUCGUAAUUAUAUGUGCCUUUGCGUCACUAAUCAGAAGCCUAUUAGUGCUGGAGACGAAAUCUAUGAAAUACGUACUGACGAUGAUGUAGAUACUGAGUGUGAUCUUCCCUGGACUUCAAAAAUCACAUCCACGACAGUAUUCCCUAAUACAAGCACCUCCGAACCACAGUAUACCACUGCAUCAACACAAUUUACCACUGCGUCAUCACAGUAUACCACUGCAUCACCAGAGUACACUACUACAUCUACGAAAAAAGCGAAAUCGACAAUACAAUGCGUCACAAAGACAACAAAGACACCCUGUGCCACAUAUCCGCCGCAUGUGAAGUCAGAACGGAGAGCAAGAGCUGCAAAUUUCCGCGAAGCUUUAUCUGGAAAAUCAAAAAAGCACAUGACACAGAAGGCGAGGAAGACACAAGCCAGCGGCCGGUUCCAGAAUGCCUCUGAAGAGAAGCCGCUGCGCUGAUUCCCUUACUCUCGCCAACGUAUAAUUUUGAACGCUUUAAAAAUUUCUAAUUUUACAUCAGUAAAAUUUGAAUAAAAUCCUUGAAAUUUGG